AUGCCUCACAUAGUCCUGUUGGGAACACUCGACACCAAGCUUCUCGAGAUCUCGCAUCUUCGCUCUCGGAUAUUGUCUCUUGCUCCGCCGAGUGCCAAGAUCACCUUGAUCGAUUGUGGCCGCAAUGUUGUUGACCAUCCAUCCAUCAGCAUAUCCCAUGAUGAUCUAGUCAGGAAAUACUGCUCAGAGGAGGAACGCGACACCUUGCCGGGCCUGCCACGCGGCGAAGCCGUCAAAUUCAUGAUUUGCUGCACAACCUCGUGCAUCAAAGAGCUUCACGACAAGCAGCCUAUCCAUGGUGUUAUCAGUGCAGGUGGUAGUGGAGGCACCAGUCUGGCCUCGGCAGUCAUGCGAAGUCUGCCAAUCGGACUGCCCAAACUCAUCGUCAGCACUGUUGCCUCAGGAGACACCGGUCCAAUCGUCGGUGAGACCGACAUAACAUUGAUGUAUAGCGUCGUGGACAUCUCAGGCACCAACAGUCUAUUGAGGAACAUCUUGAACAAUGCGGCAGCCGCUAUGGUCGGCAUGUCUGUAGCCUAUGAGCAACAACUUCAAGACCGAAUUGAGCAGACCCAAGAAGAUCCAAAGCUUCGAGUCGGCAUCACUAUGUUUGGCGUCACGACUCCAUGCGUUGACAAAGUCCGCGAACAUCUCGAAACAAAUCAUCGGGUGGAGACCUAUAUCUUCCAUGCUACUGGACAUGGAGGCAAAGCAAUGGAGCGCCUGAUCUCGGAAGGUCUUCUUGACGCUGUGCUCGACUUGACAACGACUGAGAUCUGCGAUUUUCUCAUGGGCGGCAACAUGAGUGCUGGACCCAAUCGCCUCGAGGCUGCUCUGGUGGCAGGUAUCCCAACAAUCAUUUCUCUCGGUGCCACUGACAUGGUCAAUUUCGGACCGAGAGUGGCGGUGCCAGAGAAAUAUCAGCACAGGAAGUUGUUCGAGCACAAUCCCACGGUCACUCUAAUGCGCACCACCAAAGACGAAUGCAAAGCUGUUGGCGACUACAUCAUUGACAAGCUCAAGUGCUUCGCCAGCAAUCCGAGCAGGGUGCAAGUCACCUUGCCAAAAGGUGGCGUCAGCAUGAUUGCCACGCCUGGAAGUCCUUUCGAGGACCGAGAGGCUGAUGAUGCGCUAAUCGAAACACUAAUAACUGGACUAAAAGACACAGGAUUCAAAGUCGUAUGUGACGAAAGGGACAUUAAUAACGAACAUUUCGCUAUAGAUGUUGCUGAGGAUUUGAUGCGAUUGACGCUUGCAGAAUAA